AUGACCGCUCCAAACAAGUCAUAUGCCGGGGAGCCGGCAUUGGCCGCCGCAAAAGUAGUCACCUGCCCGACACCGAACCCGAAAAUGAAACAUGAGCAGCCCACGCAACCGCUACAAGUAACUAUUUUACGUUGGCGAACGAAUCCCAAAGCAGAUGAAGCGGUUGCUGACUGUUUCUCGCAUGUGUAUUUAAGUCCUGAUUUAUUCUACCAGUAUUCUUUGGUAUCUUGUAUAAUCUUUAUCUAUAGAUUGUACUACGAUAUGCAAAAAAAGGAACUAGCUUUACUGUUUCUUAUAUUAUAUCAAACGCAAGCACAAGAUGUUUCUUCGCACUCAUUGAGAAAUCAACAUAUACGUCAUAUUAGGCAGAUAUUUUAUCCCCCAUUUGGGCCUUCUCCCUUCUACCCUUCGUAUCCUGGAUACGGUACCGGUGGCGGACUCCUUGGAAAUAUAUUCAGCAUGAGUUUUGAUGGAGACAAAGGCCGCUUAGGUCCAUGGGGACCAUCUAGGACGGAUAUAAGCAAUCUACCCGACUCCAUUGUUGAUGGGCUUACAGAGUUCAUUUUGGACGCUUUGGAUCUGAACCACAACGAACUUUAUGGAUCGAGGCUGCAUCUGCUGAAAAAUUCACAGAACAGUUUCUGGUUGUCGUUAGCUGAAAACGAGCAGGGACGUGAAAAAGUUUUCAAUUCACUGCUGGAAAAGAAGUCGAAAUGGAGCGUAAGCGCAAAAACAUGCAUUGCUGAAGCGCUGGAAGAUGUGCGCUAUUAUCGCCUCCACGAAGGUCAUCUUGUUCCACCGAAGAGCUGUCGUUCGGCGUCAGACAAAGGCGUGAGAUCAGUUCAGAUCAAAGAGGACGCCCUCGAAGAAGUUAAAUAG